UGUCGCGAUAAAUAAAACCCAUCAAUUGCAUGGCGAAGUGAGCCAAUUCCAUAAGAGUAGACUUAGAGGCACAGGCUACACACACCCCUUCUCUGUUACUUUAUAACAAUUCUCUUUUUCCCUUCUUUUUCUUCUUCCUCCUCUCCAUCCUCAGCCUUCAAUUCAACACUCUUUUUCCAAAUCACUGUCAAACCCUCCUCCAUUGUCUUUCCCGAAGCUUCAUUCUCUGUUAGAAUAAAGGAAAAAGUAAGUGAUUGCGUUUUCGUUCUUGGAAAUGCUUGUGGGUCCGUUUCUGACUCUUCUGUGCAGCUAUGGUUUUCUUCUUCUUCUUCUUCUUCUUCUUCCAGUCAGUUCUUUGAAUGAUGAAGGGUUUGUGCUUCUGUCCUUAAAACACUCCAUUUUGCAGGACCCAGAAGGGGUUUUUGCCAAUUGGGAUUCUUCUCAUGAAACCCCCUGUUCUUGGAAUGGAGUUGGCUGCCAAGAGGAAGCGGUUGUUUCUCUUACCAUUCCCAAGAAGAAUUUGUACGGUUCUCUUCCCUCUUCUCUUGGGGCUCUUUCUGGGCUUCGCCAUCUGAAUUUGAGGAACAAUAGGCUUUAUGGGAACUUGCCCUUUCAGCUCUUCUCGGCUCAAGGGCUUCAGAGUUUGGUUCUUUAUGGGAAUUCCUUUUCUGGGUCUGUUCCAAAUGGGAUUGGGAAGCUUAAGUACCUUCAAACUCUGGAUUUGUCUCAAAAUUUCUUCAAUGGGUCAUUACCCACUUCCAUUAUUCAAUGCAAGAGACUUAGAACCCUUGAUAUUAGGCAGAAUAACUUCUCUGGUUCACUGCCUCAUGGGUUUGGAACCAGUUUGAGUUCUUUGGAGAAACUGGAUCUUUCGUUUAAUAAGUUUAGUGGUUCUCUUUCUAGUGAUUUGGGGAAUUUGUCUAGCUUACAGGGCACUUUUGACUUGUCUUAUAAUCUAUUUUCUGGUCUAAUUCCAGCUAGCCUUGGAAAUCUACCUGAAAAGGUUUAUAUUGAUCUUAGCCAUAACAAUUUAAGUGGUCCAAUACCCCAAACUGGUGCUCUGAUGAACAGAGGACCCACUGCUUUUGUUGGGAAUCCUGGGCUCUGUGGUUCCCCUUUGAAGAACUCAUGUUCUUCAGAAGAAACUCUUAGUGCUAGCUCACCGUCCUUGCUUCCGUUUCUCCCGGACGAUAAUUUGCCCGGGAUUUCUGGUGAAAGUGCUAAGAAAUCCAGGGGAUUGAGUAAGAGUUCUGUUAUUGCUAUAGUACUUGGUGAUGUGGUUGGCAUAUGCCUAGUUGGGUUAUUGUUCUCAUAUUGCUAUUCUAAAGUGUGUAAUUCAAGAAAGAGCAAAGAUGAGAGCGGGCAUGGUUCCGAUAAGGGGAAGGGGAGGAACGGCUGCUUAUGCUUUAGUAGGAAGGAUGAAUCUGAGACGGUUUCACAAAAUGUGGAGCAGUAUGAUCUUGUGGCUUUGGAUGGGCAGGUAGCAUUUGAUCUUGAUGAACUUCUCAAGGCCACAGCCUUUGUUCUUGGCAAGAGUGGGAUUGGGAUAGUGUACAAAGUGGUGCUCGAAGACGCGGUUACGUUGGCCGUUCGACGAUUGGGCGAAGGCGGUUCUCAGAGGUUCAAGGAGUUUCAAACCGAAGUAGAAGCUAUAGCAAAGCUAAGGCACCCAAAUCUUGUCACUCUUAGAGCCUAUUACUGGUCUGUUGAUGAGAAGCUCCUCAUUUAUGAUUUCAUACCCAAUGGAAACCUUGCCCUUGCCAUUCAUGGAAAGCCAGGAACGGUAGCUUUCACGCCGUUAUCAUGGUCCACUCGGUUAAAGAUCAUUGAAGGAGUUGCCAAAGGGAUGGUCUAUCUCCAUGAAUUUAGCCCCAAGAAGUAUGUUCAUGGAGAUUUGAAACCCAACAACAUACUACUCAGCCAGAAGAUGGAAGCCACAAUUUCUGACUUCGGCCUUGCUCGACUGGCGAAUAUCGCAGGAGGAACCCCAACCUCACGAUCAGGUCGAAUGGCAUCCGAGAAACCGAAGACCGCCGACACCAUUUGCAGUUCAUCAUCCAACACAGGAACAGGAACUUGUUAUCAAGCCCCUGAAUCACUCAAAGCCUUGAUGAAACCAUCCCAAAAAUGGGAUGUCUACUCAUAUGGUGUGAUCUUACUAGAAAUGAUCACAGGAAGAUUCCCAAUAAUCCAAAUGGGAUCUUCCUCUGAAAUGGAUCUUGUCCAUUGGAUUCAACUCUGCAUUGAACAACAGAAGCCUCUUUCAGAAGUCAUAGAUCCAUACUUAGUUCAAGAUGUUGCAUAUGAAGAAGAAGAGGUGAUAUCUGUACUAAAAAUUGCUAUGGCUUGUGUCCAUGGAAGCCCUGAAAGGAGACCUCCAAUGAGACACAUCUCCGACGCCCUCGAAAGGGUAUCGUCGUUGGCGUCGAGGAACUAAAAGAAGUGGGGAAGUUUGAGUAUUUGAUUAAGAUAAGAUGAGAUAAAGAAGGGUAAUUAGUGAGAGUUUAUUUUGAUGUGUGUGAGAUUCUUCAUUCUUGUGUUUGUUAGCUGUCAUUUUGAAUAGAGUUUAGGGAAAGGAGAAGAGUGUGGUCUGCCCCAAGAGCAUGCUAAUUCUGAUUUAUAGGGUUUAAUUAUCUUAUUAAUAAUGUUUAGAUUAUGGUGGGAAGUUGUCUUCUUCUUCUUGCUCUUUUUGCAGACCUCUGCCAUUCCUUUUCUUUUUGGUUUUUCAUUUUAUCAAUACAAUUAUCCAAUAAAGUAUUUUCCCUA